AUGUUGAAGGUACGCCUCAAUCCACACUGGAAUCCGUACGAUCGUCGUGACUCCUUCCGGCUGCAGUUGAUGUGUUUGAAGUUCCUCGGACUAUGGCCACCGGAGGAUGGCGAUCGGGCAGCACGCCUACGGCACACCGCUUACGGUUGGGGUCUGCGAGUGUUGUUCAUGUACCUGUACACGCUGACACAAGCACUAUACUUCAAGGAUGUGAAGGAUAUCAAGGAGCUGGCGAACGCCAUGUUUGUGCUGAUGACGCAGGUUACGCUGAUCUACAAGUUGGAGAAGUUUAACUACAACAUCCCGCGCAUUCAGAGGUGCCUCCGUAAGCUGAACUGCACACUGUACCAUCCGAAGGGGCACGACGAGCACGGACCCGUCCUGCGCUCGAUAAGCAACGUCUACUGGCUGAUGAUCUUUCUCACGUUUAUGGCCUACACCACCAUCUGCAUGUGGGUGGUAUCGCCGGCGUUCGAAAACGAGCGCCGGUUGCCUGUUCCGGCCUGGUUUCCGUUCAACUAUCACCACUCGGAUGUGACCUACGUCUUGCUGUUCCUCUACCAAACGAUCGGGAUAUUCAUGAGCGCAACCUACAACUUUUCCACCGACACCAUGUUUUCCGGCUUCAUGCUGCACACCACGGGACAGCUCGCGCGCUUGGGUGGCAUGGUGAGAAAGAUAGGGCAUAGUGUUGGCCCGGAGAAGAAAGAGUCGCUGCUGGCGUUCGAAAGCGAUCGCGAAUGGAAAGCCAUUCGGAGCGAGGUUGAACGCCACUCGAGAGCGCACGGAAAACCCUAUGGCGAGUUGGUCGAGUGCGUGAUAUUGCACCAGGACAUUCUAAGUUUCAUCGAUGAAGUGCAGGACAUAUUUCAGGGGUCCAUCUUUGCCCAAGUGUGCGCCUCGGUGAUCAUCAUAUGCAUGACGCUGCUGCAAGCCACCGGCGAUGACGUCACGAUGGCCGAUCUGGUGUCCUAUGCACUCUAUCUGCUCGUGAUGACCUCGCAAGUGCUCAUCUUCUGCUGCGUUGGCAAUGAAAUUUCGUACGAGACCAACAAGUUUACAGAAUUUAUCGGCUUUUCCAACUACUACACGUUCGACAAACCCGCGAGCCAGGCCGCUAUAUUCUUUAUGCAAAGGACAAUGAAGGAUACGCGCAUCCAGGUGGGAAAUGUGCUGCGUGUCACACUGAACCUGCACACCUUUCUGCAGAUUCUCAAAUUGUCGUACUCCUAUUUGGCGGUUCUUCAGAGUAUGGAGUAA